AUGCUCCAGUUAGGAAGUCAGGAAGUGCCUGUAACUUUUACACAACAUACUCUGAAUGUGGAAGAAGUUGAUAAGGAUCCAGAAGGGUCGUCUGAACUCUCUGUGAUGUCCGAAAUUCAAGAGGCUAACAACGGGGUCUCCACACAGGAGGGUGAAGAAGACCCCAGUAUGGAGGUCCAUGAGGAGUUUAAUAAGCCUCAAGUGGAGGAAGAGGAGGAGACUGAAAAGCUGAUCCCUCCUCAGAGGAUGAUUGACCUGCAGAGAGAUUUGACGACAUUAGUGACCAACAUCCAAACUGCAGCUGACGCCAAAGAGUCGAUGCGAAGGACGGAGGUGGAGGAAGCUUGCAGAAUAAGAUUGGAGCGGCUGGAGAAUGAUGUAAAAUCCAGCCAGGAAAUAUUUGAGCAGAUCACCAUAGGGUGGUCCAUAUCUCAGCAGAAGACCAUCCCUCAGGAGAUCCAAGAGGCCCUGAACAACCAGCAGCAGUUAUGUGCUGCUCUUAUAGAAGACAAGAAAAAACUCAUAAAUGACCUGCAACAGGAGCUGAAAAGUGGAGAUGACCGCUAUGUUAAAGACUUGAGGAAGCAGGCAGAGGAGCUGGACCUGAUGAUGGAGCGGAUGGAGGAACAGAUCACAACCCUGAUAAAGGCCUAUAGGGAGGAGCUGGCUCAGAUUGAGAGAGUUCACCAACAGGAAAGUGAAAUCUUACUCACAAGAGACGAGACUGAGUGGGAUAAACACUUGAAGAAUCUUUGUGACGAAGAGCUGGAGAGGCUGGCGCAGAGGAAUGAGAAAGUGAGCGAGUAUGAAGCGGUGAUUCACAAUCUGAUGUUGGAGACUACUGACAAGUACUGCCUCAUCCAGACAGAACAGAAUACAAAGUUUCAGAUUAUAGAUCGAGAGCAACAAAAAACAAAGGCCGACAACAUUAUCUUGAGGAUAAAUAUAAUAAAGCAAACGGACUUGGUGGCAGUACGCAAAUUCAGCCUGACCAAUAUGAAGAGCAGGAUUUACAGUAUGGAGACCCAUAUAAAAAACAUGGUUAGUAAGUAUUCCAUUGAGAGGAACAAGUUUAACAAGAAGUGCCGCGAUUUGUCCAAGGACUACAAACGCAACAUCCUGCAAUAUGAACGCAUACAGAAGAAAAUCAAGCACUUUGCAGUCGCUGAUGCCAGAACAUUUGAGGAGAUGUGGCUAAUGAUGGAAGCAGAGGUGAAGCAACUAGCGGAGAGCGUUCUGGUCAUCGACUCGCAGAUCUGCAAGCAGCACCUUGGUUUAGCCUGGCAGCGACCUCCCAUGGAGUUCAUGGAGCUCUCUGGUCCCGUCCAGCCUCAGAAACAGGUCUGGAGGCCUGGCGGCCAGGCGGUCAGCCAGCUGUUUCACACCCGGCAGGCUUUACAGGGCAGUCAGAGGAUGAUGGACCUCUCAGUCGGGCCGAGGCUGGAGACUGACAGCACAGACAUGGAAAUGUACAAGGAAGGGACAGCGGUGCAGAGUGUGAGCGGUGCAGAGGUGCACGAAAGGAAGCUGCCGAUGGAGACACUGAAGAAAGUGAUGGAGCUGCUGUGUGACGAAGCGGGCUUCCUGAUGGAGGAUACACUCCUGAACCUGCUGGCUCCUCUGGAGAAGGAAGAGCAGACUGUUGUGAAGCUGGGCUCUCUCCUUUUUGCUUUUGGCAUGGAAGAGGAGGAUGUGCCCAAGUUGGCUGCUUUCUUAUUAAAUUACAAACAUCAGCAGAGAGAGCAGACUGAGGUGAGGAAGGACAGAGAUGAGAUGCUUGCGCAAAAUAUGUUUGUGUUGAGUCAGGGUGAAUCCAGUAACAAGGAGGAGGAAGUGGAGACCAAGUCUACGACUCGUGUGACCUCUGAACUCAUUGAUCCUAACUAUGUUGUGCCUGCUCUAAGAACUUUCCUCCAGCAGCAUGUGAGGUCCAGGGAGAGCUCAGCCUGCCAACAUCACAGUUUUCAAGUAGAAGCCCGGGACACUUCACAGGAUGAAGCCUACUGGGAGAGUAUGGGCAAUAUAAUCUCUGAAGACAAAAUGAAACUCUGGGAUGCAGCGGAGAACACACUAAAGCAGUACCACGCGGUGAUGACAGACAUCUCUGAGCUCGUCCCUGAGAUCCAGAGUCUGAAGCAGCAGAACACAGAGCUGCGGAUGUUGCUGCAACAAUCUCUCAACUCAAAGGUCAGCAGAGAGGUGAAGAAGCAGUAAUCCAAACUCAACCUGGAAUCAGCAGAAUUAGGACAGUGUGCGCAAAAUGAUAUAUAUUCACUGUAAAAUAAAAAUUCUAUUAAAU